GCGCCUUGCGUUUACCUCGGUGAGCUGCAUUUAAGAACUAUAUCAAGAACUAUUUCGCUUCAUCCAACAGGCUGGAUAUUUCAGACCAGACGCUUUUAUUACGGCGAGAAGAGCCCAGGUGCACUUACAAAUGCUUGAUUUUUCUUCAUUGUUCUUUUCUCAGUGUUUUAUACGGAUUUAGUUUCAUUCUUUCUGGACUAAGGCCACCUGAAAUACCUUCAUACAAUUCACGCUUGUUGAGAGAAAUCUUCAGUGGACAAGGCACCCACCUCUUUCUUGCUCGACUGGGAAUAUCAGUGAAUUGUGGACUAGACUGAUAUUUUAUUAAUAUUGGUUUGCCAUCAUUGUUCCAGCUUCAGAGAUCGGACUGUUUCUUUUUUUUUUCUUCUGAAACUGGAAUCUCUGUGGUUUCAGUUGGAUAUGUGCAUGGACGUGCGGAUCAAGGAGGAGACAUCCUAACUCCACAUUAUUAUAUGGAUUGAUUGGGCACGAGCGAUGUUUUAAACUCAAUUUCAUUUCAAGUGUUCGUCGGGAAUCAUGAUAAGGAGGGCACAUUUUUUGAAUUGGAUCCUUCAUUCAUUCACAAGUUGAGGACCUUCUAGCGGACAUCUAGCCUAUACAUUUUUACUGAAUAUUUUCUUUCACUGGCUCAAAAUGGUCGGUUUACAUCUCGGUUACCCUGAGCUACGCAAAUGUUCAUGUUGAAGCCAUGUUGUUCGUUCACAAUGUUUUCACAUUCACUAUAUGAAGAAUUAUUCACUAGUUUUAUUUAUAUUUCUUUUUCCAACAAUAAUGCAAGACAUGGGUGGCCUGAUAAGAUCUCGAUAAAGUAAAUGGAAGUUAUCAGCUGCGUAAUCAGUAAAUCAGAUGAAUUUAAUCGCAGAUAUAAACAUUUUCGUUCAUUUUAAAGGAUGUCUACCAGACUGUGAUUUUAUUCCUUUGACUUAUUUCUUUUUUUUUACGUCCGACCGAACGUGCGUAUGUUUAAAUGUUAAUAAAAGAUCAUGCAAAUGAGCGUGUGAAGACAGACAUCAACAGGUAUAAUGCAUUCCAAGGACAUGGAUUUCAUACAAAUGUUUUUGUGUUUUCUCUUGUGCUGGACUGGAGUCGAUGCCGUUUUCAAUUUGAAAUACACAGUGGAAGAAGAGCUGCGUGCAGGCACAAAGAUAGCCAACGUGACGGCGGACGCAAAAGUUGCGGGUUUUGCACUGGGAAACCGACAGCCUUAUUUGCGGGUUAUCUCCAAUUCCGAGCCCCGGUGGGUUAAUCUGAGCCCCGCCGGACUGCUCAUCACAAAGCAAAAAAUUGAUCGGGACGCUGUUUGCCGACAGACACCUAAGUGUUUUAUUUCUUUGGAAGUGAUGUCGAACUCGAUGGAGAUCUGCGUGAUUAAAAUUGAGAUUAUCGACGUAAACGACAACGCGCCGCGCUUCCCCACUAACCACAUCGACAUAGAAAUCUCGGAAAAUGCCGCUCCCGGUACCAGAUUUCCCCUAGAGGGGGCAAGCGAUCCGGACUCUGGGAGCAACGGCAUUCAGACGUACACAAUUACCCCUAAUGAUAUUUUCGGUCUUGAGAUUAAGACGAGGGGAGACGGGUCCAAAAUCGCAGAACUUGUGGUGGAAAAGACUUUAGACAGAGAGACGCAGUCUCGUUACACGUUUGAACUUACAGCGGAGGAUGGUGGAGACCCCCCAAAGUCCGGGACUGUGCAACUUAACAUAAAAGUAAUUGACUCGAACGAUAACAACCCCGUUUUCGAUGAGCCAGUAUACACUGUAAACCUGCUGGAGAAUUCUCCCAUUAACACGUUAGUCAUAGACUUGAACGCUACGGACCCAGACGAAGGAACCAAUGGCGAGGUGAUCUACUCAUUCAUAAACUUUGUCUCCAACCUGACCAAACAAAUGUUUAAAAUCGACCUCAAAACAGGCGUGAUAACAGUGAAUGGCGUUUUGGACCACGAGGAAUUGUCCGUCCACGAAAUUGAUGUACAAGCCAAAGAUCUGGGUCCAAAUUCAAUCCCUGCCCACUGCAAAGUGAUUGUUAAUGUAAUCGACAUAAACGACAACGCGCCAGAAAUCAAACUGUUGUCAGAAAACAGCGAGAUGGUGGAGGUGAGCGAAAACGCUCCUCUCGGAUAUGUAAUAGCUCUGGUGAGAGUCUCAGACAGUGAUUCGGGAGCGAAUGGAAAAGUGCAGUGCAGACUGCAGGGCAAUGUGCCUUUUAGCCUCAACGAGUUUGAGAGCUUCUCCACCUUACUUGUUGAUGGCCGUCUGGAUAGGGAGCAGAGAGACAUGUACAAUUUGACCAUUCUAGCCGAGGACAGCGGGUAUACCCCGCUCAGAAGCUCAAAAUCUUUUGCAGUGAAAGUAACGGAUGAAAACGACAAUCCCCCGUACUUCACCAAGCCGCAUUAUCAAGCCAUGGUCCUCGAAAAUAACGUCCCAGGUGCGUUUCUGCUGGCGGUGUCCGCCAGGGACCCUGACCUGGGCAUGAACGGCACUGUGUCCUACGAAAUCAUCAAAUCGGAGGUGCGGGGCAUGUCUGUGGAAUCUUACGUUACCGUGAACUCAAACGGCGAAAUCUACGGCGUUAGGGCUUUUAAUCACGAAGAUACGCGGACCUUUGAGUUUAAAGUCACUGCAAAGGAUGGGGGAGAUCCACCUUUGACCAGCAACGCCACCGUGCGCAUUGUUGUACUGGAUGUAAAUGACAAUACACCUGUGAUGACCACCCCGCCCCUGGUGAACGGCACGGCGGAGGUGUCCAUUCCUAAAAAUGCUGGAGUUGGUUAUCUGGUUACACAAAUAAAAGCUGAUGAUUACGAUGAGGGGGAAAAUGGAAGGUUAACCUAUUCAAUUUCAGAAGGAGACAUGGCAUACUUUGAAAUAGAUCCGAUAAACGGCGAGGUGCGAACCACAAAGACGUUUGCGGAGAAUGCGAAACCAUCCUAUCAAAUAACCGUGGUGGCGCACGACCACGGCCAAACUUCUCUAUCUGCCUCUGCCUAUAUUGUCAUUUAUCUCUCUCCUAAUCUCAAUGCACAGGAGCAAAUCGGACCCGUCAACCUGUCUCUCAUUUUCAUCAUUGCCCUGGGUUCUAUUGCAGUUAUCCUGUUUGUCACAAUGAUCUUUGUGGCAGUCAAGUGCAAAAGGGAUAACAAGGAAAUCCGAACAUACAACUGCAGUUUCUUGUACCUGCGCAGGGUGGCGGAGUACUCCUAUGGCAACCAGAAGUCCAGCAAGAAGAAGAAGCUGAGCAAGAACGACAUCCGCCUGGUGCCGCGGGACGUGGAGGAGACGGACAAGAUGAAUGUGGUGAGUUGCUCGUCUCUCACCUCUUCGCUCAACUACUUCGACUACCACCAGCAGACUCUGCCGCUGGGCUGCAGGCGCUCCGAGAGCACCUUCCUCAACGUGGAGAACCAGAACUCCAGGAAUGCUGCACCCAACCAUGGCUACCACCAUACCUUCACAGGGCAGGGCCCUCAGCAGCCUGACCUCAUCAUCAACGGCAUGCCGCUGCCUGAGACGGAGAAUUAUUCCAUUGACUCAAGUUAUGUAAACAGCAGAGCACACCUAAUUAAAAGCACUUCAACAUUCAAGGACAUGGAAGGAAACAGUCUGAAGGACAGUGGCCACGAGGAGAGUGACCAAACCGACAGCGAACAUGACGUUCAGAGAGGGCACUAUGCCGACACAGCUGUAAAUGACGUACUGAAUAUGACCGUACCCCCCAACAACUCGCAGCUACCUGACCAAGAUCAGUCAGAGGGUUUCCACUGCCAAGAUGAAUGUCGUAUCCUUGGCCACUCUGACCGCUGCUGGAUGCCCCGGGUGCCUGUGCCAAGAGCCAAGUCUCCUGAACACAGCCGCAACGUCAUCGCUCUGUCUAUCGAGGCCACCACCGUAGACGUACCUCACUAUGAGGACUGUGGCACCACCAAAAGGACUUUUGCCACCUUUGGCAAAGACGGGCCAGAUGAGGAGCGGCCCGAACAGAGGGGCAGGCGGCAAACGGCAGAGCCGGCCGUCUGCAGCCCCAAGACCAACGGCACCGUGCGCGAAGCCGGAAACGGCCAGGAGGCCGUCAGCCCCAUCACCUCCCCAGUGCACCUGAAGAGCCCCCAGUCCAAACCACCCUCCACCUACAACACGCUGAAAUGCAGAGACGCAGAGCGCAUAGCCAACCACAGCCUGCUGCGGCAGCCGGAGGGGAAGGACAGUGAGCCGGCCAUGCGGGAGAUCAACACGCUCCUGCAGGACGGCCGUGAGAAGGAGUCCCCUGGCAGCAAGCGGCUGAAAGACAUUGUGCUUUAACCGGCUCCCACGUGUACACAGAGCGCAUACACUACUACGAGUGUGUGUAAACGUGUGCGUGUGUAUAUUUGUGUGCUUUUUGCGAGCGUCGAGCCGAGCGGGCCUGGGGAAGGGAGACACAUGUGCAGCACAAUGUAUUCUCCAGUGACCGAACAAACUAAGCUGAAAAUGUGUCUGCGAGCUCAGACUGUCAUCGUGGCUUGGUAGUAACAGCAAUGCUUGUACGUUCUUCGCAAUUGUUUUUCCGCAGUGGACAGGCUGGUUACUGUGUGCUGCGUGACACACUCCACCC